AACAACAUGGAAUGGAACAUGACAACGCUGCAAACAGAUGAUCUGAGGCAUCAUAUCCUGUCCCAGUCAGUGCAUGCUGUUCGACGCAUCACAAAAGCCAUGGCCAGCAGAGUGAAUUGUGAGUGGUGGCGUCAUGUUCAGUUUGAGUGGAGGGAUAAACAUGAACUGCAGGCCCAGGCGGCUGUUUUCCGGGAACGACUCUCCAGCUACUGGCGGGACUUGGCGCAGCUGCUCUCACUCGAUGCGACCCUCGCCUCGCAGCUGUUGGUUCCCCUCGCAUUCGAACGAAUGGGUAACCACGCAAGUGAUCAGCAACUCCACGGUUGGAUUAAGGACAUGGAACGUGUGAAAGACACGCUGCGCACGAAAUUAACCGGAUGGGUACAUGACAUGCAAUUAGCCAGCAAACAGGUGGAGCACUACGAGGUGGAAGAAGACAAGGACAGGCCAGGGCACUUGAUAAUCAGGCAGCCGCUGUUGAGUGAACGCCUGCUGCGCUAUCAGCCGUGGAGCCCCUCCUUUGACGACGACUUCAGUGCGCUGUGCGAGGAGCGGCAGCCAGAGGCGUCGCAAAUGUUCAGCCUCGCUGACGAUCUGUACACCUUCCAUCGUGUCUACUGGUACACUACACCUGAGUACAUCGAUGCAUUCUACGAAGAUGACGUCAAGAUUGUAGACGAGGAGUGGCAGCUGGAGGACAGAAGCCACGAUACGCUCUCCGUGAACACUGACUGCGUGCAGCUGUUGGUGAACGCCCUGGACCACCCCACGUGUCCGCUGGAAGACCUGCCACUGGAAGCCGUGAAGCAGCGCGAGCAGUGCCGCGAGCAGCUGUGGGACGACGUGGUGCAGAGGUCGCCCCACGUACCCGUCACCAGCUACCUGGCCUACACGCAGAGGAUAAACGUCAACCUCUGUCUGCUGGCCUGGAUGGCGGUCAACUCGUACGGCAUUUGUCAGGACGUCCCGUUUAGUAUGAUACAGUCCGUGCACGAUGCUCGCUGCUAUUUCGAUAGUCCUGACGAUCAAUCAUGUCGGCAGUCGAACGCUACAGACGCCAUCUGCUCUGUUUCCAGAGCUAUUCUGUUGCUAAAGUGUCGCGACUUUUCCUCCAUUAGGACUUCCCUGAAUUGCGUCCCUGACUUAUCUACAGCAGUGCUGAUAGACAGCGCCCUCACACUUCUCAGCUGUAUCUGGCUGAACUCAUUCUGCUACCAGAUGUAUUCUUGUGUUCGCCAUCUCAGGCUUCCUAACCAGCUACUACCUGCUGAAGUAAGCCAGUUAUUCUGUCGUGAGGUGCUGUAUGUGCUUAUACCGUGGCGUAUGGCCGUGCGCCUCGAUUCUGUCAGCCCGCUUUGCCUGACGCCACAAGAGCGCGCCGCGGCCUUCUCUUUAGGUGGUGGUGGCCAGAGCCGACACGGGGCGCACUGGGGGCGCUUAGCGGCCCACCCACACAAGCGUCCUGCACCACCGGGACACGCGUGA